UGACGUCUCUCGUUUAAUAUACAUUUCUGCAACGUUUUAACGUCGCAUGACGGUUAACCUCACCACCAGUACACCGCCCCGAAUAACUCAUUCUUCACCAGUGACCGCCCCCUUAUAACUUCUUCUUCACCAUUACACCGCCCCCAGCCGGAUGAAAAUCCCGCAUUCCUUAUAAUAUGUCAAGUAGGCGCUGCCUAGGGGAGUCUGGUCAGAGAGACAACUUAAAAGAAGGAAGCAAGCGGCUGGGGAGGAUGAGGAGGAGGAGGAGGAGGCGGAGUCGGAGUAGGAGAAGGGGAAGAGAGAGAUCCAUGGCACACUGAAUAAUCACACACAACUGGAAGAGAGAGAGGGAGAGAGUCCUGGAGAGAGAGAGGGACCAUAGGAAAGAUGGGGAAGGGUCCCUUCUCUUUCAAGCGCAGCAGCAGCAGCAUACGACGCCGCCCCAAGAAGUUCAUUGGCCCUCCUACUGUUUUUCCCUCUCCGCCUCAGCCGAUUCGGUCUCCUUCGCCCUCCAACAAUGUUAAUAUUAGCAAUGACAAUACCAAUACCAAUACCAAUAGUCUGAGUGCAGUUGUUGCUGGCGGCGCCGGCGGUGGCGUGAAGGGGAAGAAGAAGGCAGGAGCCAGGCUUUGGAUGCGAUUUGACCGCUUCGGCAUGACAGAGCUCGUCGAGUGUGAUAAGAACGCUAUCAUUCGACGCACUGCCAUUCCCGCCCGGGACUUGAGGAUUCUCGGCCCUGUCUUCUCCCAUUCCUCCAGCAUCCUUGCCAGGGAGAAGGCCAUGGUGGUUAAUUUAGAAUUUAUAAAGGCUAUAGUUACAGCCGAAGAGGUUUUGUUGCUUGAUCCUCUUCGACAGGAGGUUCUUCCAUUUGCGGAUCAGCUAAGGAAACAACUUCCUCAGAAAAGCCAAUCCAGGAUACAAGAAGCAAGUCCACUCGGUGAAGAAGAUAAUGGAAUGGAUGUUUCAACCGGAAGGCAAUGGUUACCUGUUCCCGAGGCCAUUGAAGGUUUGCAGUGUGAUCUCCCAUUUGAGUUUCAGGUUCUUGAGGUUGCAUUAGAAGUUGUCUGUACAUAUUUGGAUUCUAGUGUGGCAGACCUUGAGAGAGAAGCCUACCCUGUGUUAGAUGAACUGGCUAGAAAUGUUAGCACCAAAAACCUUGAACUCGUGAGGAUUUUGAAAAGCAAUCUUACUCGUUUGCUUGCACGCGUCCAGAAGAUGAAGGAUGAAAUCGAAAAUUUGUUGGAUGACAAUGAAGAUAUGGCACAUUUAUAUUUAACAAGGAAAUGGAUGCAGAAUCAACAGCCCGAGGAUUUGUUGGGGCGUUCUGCGUCAAAUAGAAUCCCCACAUCCCAUCUUCGUCGGCUUGGUUCCACCAGAAGCGGGAGUUUGAUAACCAGUUACUAUAUGGACCACGAUGACGUAGAAGAUCUAGAGAUGCUGCUUGAUGCAUAUUUUAUGCAACUGGAUAGAACACGUAACAAGAUAUUAUCUUUGCGGGAGUAUAUUGAUGACACGGAGGAUUAUGUCAACAUACGACUUGACAACCAACGAAAUGAACUCAUUCAGUUCCAGUUGACAUUGAGCAUUGCAUCGUUUGCGAUAUCGGUGGAGACUUCGAUAGCUGGGGUAUUUGGUAUUAACAUCUACUGUCCAAUAUUUAACGUUAAUGGGAUAUUUGUACGGUUUGUUGCGGGUAUGGUAGCAUUUGGCCUGGCUAUCUUCUUUCUCAUCUACGGGUAUGCGAGGUGGAAGAAGCUGCUUGGUACAUAAGUCGAGCCUGUCAUCUGUUGUAGAUAGAGUGUUAGAUUCACAAACUGAUUUACGAACGCUAAACCAAUGACUUUGUAAAUAAGUUUGUGGCUGCAUAUGUUGUAUGAGCACAAGGAGUUUGUUAGGGACUCCUAAAAGUCUUCCCUUGCUCAAUAUCAUUUGUACCUCUAAAUAAGGAACAUCUUGUGGGGCCCAAUCUACAAUGGAUUUUGGCGGUUGGACCGUUUAGGGUUAAGGGUUAAGGAUAUGUGAACUAUGUUUCGUUGUUGAAAGAAGAACAAGUGUACCUGAAGGACUAGUUUGGUAUCGAUGUGUCUUUUAAAAAAAUUGUUUAUGCUAUGCUGUUAGAAUAAAUAACUGUAAAAUAAAA